GAAAGGGAGUUAACAAGAUGUGAGCAGUCAAUGGAUACCAUAGGUGAAACCCUGCGCAUUGCCUAGGUGUCCUUCCCAUGCACAGGUAGCCAUGUGGAUCGCGGUGAGUUUGCUCUGCUGCUUAAUGCUCGGAGGGCUGCCACGGGUGGGCGGCUCGUGCCCAUCGCAGUGCAGCUGCGCCUUCCACAGCCUCAGCGAGGGGACGAAAACCAGGACAGUGCUGUGUAAUGACCCAGAGAUGACCCUCACCCCUGUGAACAUCCCUGUAGAUACAUCCAAGCUUCGAAUAGAAAAGACAGCCAUCCGCAGGGUGCCGGGGGAGGCUUUCCAUGGGCUCCACAACCUGGAGUACCUCUGGAUGCCCUAUAACUCCCUGGCCAGCCUCAGCAGGAUCACCUUCAAAGGUCUCCGUCGCUUGCAGGAGCUGAGGCUAGAUGGGAAUAACUUAAUAUCAUUCCCCUGGGAAACCCUGGUUGACAUGCCACAGCUAAGGCUUCUGGAUUUACACAACAAUGAACUUACCUCAAUACCCCCGGAUACUGCUCGUUUUGUGAAGAAUAUUACGUACCUGGACCUGUCUAGCAAUAAACUGAUGACUCUUCCUCAGGCUCUCAUUUCCACCUGGGCCAACCUGCAGGCUGUUCCUUACUUCCCCAAUGAUAACUCCAAGAUCAUCUUAGGUUUGCAAGACAAUCCUUGGGUGUGUGACUGCAGUCUGUAUGAAAUGGUCCAUUUCCUAAAUUUCCAGUCUCCUAACAUAGCAUUCAUCGAGUCCAGGCUGAAAUGCUUCACCCCCCGCAGCCUUGCAGGAGUCUUCUUCAGCCAAGUUGAGCUAAGGAAGUGUCAAAGCCCUGUUGUACAUACAUCUGUAGCCAAAGUAAAGACUAUCCUGGGCAGCACCGUGCUGCUGCGAUGUGGGACAACAGGAGUGCCCAUUCCUGAGCUCAGCUGGAGACGGGCUGAUGGGGCACAACUGAAUGGCACAGUGCACCAAGAGAUCUCUAGCGAUGGGAUGAGCUGGUCUAUCCUGGGCCUACCUGUAGUCUCUUACCUUGACUCUGGAGAGUACAUCUGUAAAGCAAAGAACUUCCUGGGGGCAACAGAGGCAUUCAUAUCCCUCAUCAUCACAGACUCAGAAAGCACGGAUGACCCCAACUCCAGUGCCAAAGGCACAUGGAGUGGGAAGGUGAGCGGGAUGGAGGCAGCUGCCUACAAUGACAAGCUUGUAGCAAGGUAUGUUAUCACCACCUCCACCAUGCCUACUCUGGGAGACGGAGCAGGCACUGGAGAGGGCCUCCUCAUUCCAGAUGGGGCACAAGAUAGCAACCCCCAAAACUUGCUAGCAAGCCCACCUACUGGUCAGCAGGAGCAGGAGCGAAUUGUGAGGUCCGUCAGAGUGAUAGGAGACACUGACCAGAGUGUCACCCUGGCCUGGAAGGCACCUCUGGCAAGGAACACAACAGUGUUCAGUGUCCUCUAUGCAGUCUUUGGAGAGAGAGACAUGCGGCGGAUAAAUGUGGAGCCAGGGAAGACCAAGGUCACCAUUUACGGGCUGCUGCCAAAGACCAAAUACAUUGUGUGUGUCUGUGUGAAAGGGCUGAUCCCAAGGAAGGAGCAAUGCAUCAUAUUUUCCACAGAUGAAGUUGCCAGUGCAGGAGGGACCCAGAAGCUCAUCAAUGUGGUUGUCAUCAGUGUGGCCUGUGUCAUUGCCGUUCCCCUGACACUAGUGGUCUGCUGUGGCGCACUGAAAAGACGCUGCAAAAAAUGCCUUGUGAGGAAACCCAAGGAAAUUCAAGAAUCCUACGUCACCUUUGAAAGUCUUUCUCCUGGGGCCAAGGCAAAAGGAGUAGAAGGAGAAUACUUGACUAGACAUACCCCUGAUGAAUCUAACAGGCUGCUGUCUGCUCGAUCCAGUGUGGACUCUGAAGCAAUACCAAAGAUAGAGGGGCAACCUAACGAAUACUUUUGUUGACAGUAACUAGGCUGGUCAUUGUCUUGAUAGAUGGGAAGUAUGUAGCUCUAUAUAUGACUCUCUGCUCCAACACUGCAAGCUGUGUGUGUCUCUGACAUGCUCUGGAGGAGGAUGCGAGAAUGUAGAUGGUGCCCAAGCUUUACAGGAAUGUGUUGUUUGCCCCACUUGGGGUUUGCUGUUUUGUACUCAAUGAAAAGCUUCUGUGCUAAUGGACUCAUUCUCCUGGACCACUCUUAUUUUCAUAAAAUGACACAUGCACACUGAGUGUGAGGACAUUAAGCAACAAUUCUGAGCACACUCUGCUUGGUUUUGUAUAGUACCUGCUCUACAAUUUGUUAAGUAUUUUAACCUGAUCUCUUUUGAGGUUCUUUUGGUUUACAAACAGGAGAGCAUUUAAUAAUUUUAAUAUAAAUAUCUGGGAAUGUUAAGAUUGAGAUUCUUACCUUUUGCAAUCAAAUGCUUAUUAGCUAAAUGUGGAUGUACAGCAACCGUUUAUAGUAUGUCCAUAACAACAGUUUUAUGCUCUCAGUUCAGAGAAAUGUGCAAAGAGAUAUGACUCAAGAAGCAAAAAGCAAUUCAUUC